ACCGACAAUCAGCUAUCAGUGGUUAGCAAACAUUAGCCCUCUGGUUGUACGGGCUGAAACAUGGUGUCUCCUGCGGUGCUGCUUCUCGUAACGGUGGGAGCUGUGUGUGGAAAAGCUGCCGCAGAAAGAAGACUAGUAUAUGUCACUGUGUUGUUUCGGCAUGGUGACAGGUCCCCAGUCAAAGCCUAUCCUACCGAUCCGUACCAAGAGAGCGCCUGGCCACAAGGCUUUGGACAGCUAUCACAGGUGGGGAUGAAGCAGCACUUUGAGCUGGGACAAUAUCUGAGGAGUCGAUACAAAGGAUUUCUCAACGACUCCUAUGACAGACACGAGAUCUCAGUUCGCAGUACAGACUACGAUCGCACCCUGAUGAGUGCUGAGGCCAACCUCGCAGGUCUCUACCCCCCCACUGGCCAGCAGGUCUUUGAACCAGGCUUGAAGUGGCAGCCGAUACCUGUACACACUGUGCCACAAAGUGAAGAGAGGCUCCUCUCUUAUCCUCUGGGUAACUGUCCUCGCUACAAACAGCUGAUGAAUGAAACUGAACAUACAGAGGAAUUUCUUAAUGUCACUGCUACAUACCAGGACAUCAUAGAGCUGGUGAGGAACAAAACAAGCCUGAAUAAGACCAAUGUGGAGUCAGUGUGGAGCGUGUACGACACACUCUUCUGUGAGUCCCGCCACAACAUGUCAGCUCCUGACUGGGUGACUCCUGAUGUUAUGGAGAAGCUGCGAGUGCUCAAAGACUUUGGAUUUCAGGUCACAUUCGGGGUCUACAAACAGCAAGAAAAGAGCCGGCUGCAGGGAGGAAUCCUUUUGGGUGAAAUAGUGAAGAAUCUUUCCAAGAUGGCCGUCCCAGACCCCAAACAGAGACUGAAAUUUAUGAUGCUGUCAGCGCAUGACACCACUGUAGCUGCUCUCCAGGCCAGUAUGAAUGUGUUCAGUGGAAGACAGCCGCCGUAUGCAUCCUGCCAAAUAUUUGAACUGUACCAGGAUGAAAACGGCUCUUCUUCGGUGUCGCUGUUUUACCGGAAUGACAGCACAGUGGAGCCGUACCCUCUGCAGCUACCAGGCUGCUCCCUCGACUGCCCCCUAGAUGAGUUUGUGAGAAUUACAAAGUCCUCGAUUUCAGAAGACAGGAACAAGGAGUGUCAGGUUCCUUCAGAAGGGAGAGACACAGAAGUGAUCAUCAGUCUGGCAGUGUCCGGCUGUCUGCUCCUCCUCCUCAUCGCCCUCCUCCUCGGCGUUAUUUGCUGGCAGAGGGAGCCAAUGAGCAACCGGGGAUACCAUCACGUGAUCAACCAGGAAGUGGGAGAGGAAUCCUGACAGAAGCAUCAACUCCUGGCGCGGAGAUCUACAAACGUCGCUGAGUCUUGGGACAGCAGCGAUGACGAUGAACUGUAAAACUCCUGUUUGACGUUCGGUUCGGGACCCACAAUGAGUAGAUUUAUUUUUUAUUUUUAAACAGCGAGUUUUUAUCCAAAAUGAGCCCGUUCCUGUCGGGUCAGUGGGAAGAAGUUAAAGAUUUUUGAGACUCUUUUAAAAACCAGUUUCAUCAUCGUUUAUAUGAGUAGUGAUGAGUGAGACAUUGUUGGAAGGACCAGGACUGAUUUCUACAUCAGCUGAUCUCUAAUCAGCCAAAUGAGUUUAUAAUUUCAACAAAUAUGACCCAGAUCUCUGCUCGGAAAGACACUGUGUUUGUUGUUCAGUCUGGGUUUGUUUAACGCUGCGUUUUGUGACUUGAACGGCUGCAGAAAAGUUUGGAAAGACAAACAAAGUUGUGAUUUUAAAUAAUAUAAUUAUGGUCUGGAAACAUGAUGGGGAAAUGAUGAGUUCUUGGUAAUGUCAUUACAAAUUCUUGAACAGACAAAUUCUUAUUUUUUAGUGUUUUGCAUCAUGUUUUUCCUCCGUGGACUUUUCUUAAAAACAUGUAGCACAGAUAAGACUUCAUCUUAAUUAUCUAAGAAUGUUUCGGUUCUGAAUCUCAGCGCAAACUGGUCUGUUUCCUUCAUGUAACCAGAUCAGUUUGUGUACAGUGUGUGUGUGUCGGCUCAUCUGUGUUCUUGUGUGUGUGUGUUGACUCUGAGGCCUAAUGACCGAGAUGCCUUAAAUAUUUAUAUAAUAAUGAGAUUUUUUGUUCUGACGUAACCCGUAACAUGUAUUUUUGUAGGAUUCAAAAUUCUUUUGAUUUUAACUUCUUCAGUUAUGUGUGUUGGAUUUAUCAGCAGCAGGGUGGGGUUGAGCCGGACCGCGAGAAUCCAGCACCUAGUGUCCUCGAGCGAGACACUAAAGCACCAGCUGACCUUUGACCUCUUGUAGAGGGAAAACAAGUGAAAUAGAUGACUUUAUUUGUUUGGGGUGUCACAAGAAUCAGAUCAGUUUACUGUGGAUGUCUGGGAACUGGAAAUCUUUACAUUUGUGUGUUUUUAAAAGUAAAAACCUGUUGUGUCUCUGAAUCUUUUAAAUGGAGCAGAUACUGAAUGUUUUUCCAUCAGCAAUGUCAUUAAGAAAUAUUAAAAUGUGGACCUAAAACUCAUGUAGUUUUAGAAAAAAACAUGGUUUUAUAUAUGAGUCGAUGAACAUUUCUUUGUUCGCCUUGGGUCUUUGAAUACAAACACAAAGAAAUCUAAUAUCUUACAAAUAACUAUAACUCCUAAUACAUGAACAGGAUGUUGUUUUUCUUCAAGUCAGGACCCAGAUUCUGUAGUUUUAAUUAAGUUGCUAGUUGUUAAACUCAUUUGUCACAGUUAAGGUUAUUGAAAGUACCAUGUGGCACUGCUCUAAAUGAUCAUUUCCAUUUUUCUUUCAUGCUGUAUGAAUUGAUCAAUCAGACUUUAAGAAUUUGUUGGUUGUAAAUGUUUUGUUUGAAAAAUAAAUGAUCAAUCGUU